AUGGCCAGGAACUCCCCGAGCGUCGGCGGCAUCAAGCGGAGCUCCUCCGCGAGACGAACAUCCUCGUCCUCGGCAAUGUCGGCCCAGCGCAGGCUGCGCGGCACCCAGGCCGGAGGAGCAGAGGACAGGGAAGCCGGAUCCGUUGUCCGCCCGGCCACCACGGAGUCCGCGGAGGCGGACGACCAUCAGGUCGCCGUGUAUCCGCCUUGGCUACGUGCAUUCAGGAUUCCAGGUCUGGUGGUUCGGAUGGAGAGGUAG